UAUGCCUUGAUGCUUUGAUGCAACUGCCAGACGUUGCUAUGAAUGCCGGAAUGUACCCAAAUGUACCAACUUUUCCCUCUAUUCCUCAUCCUACAUCCUUCUUGUCCCACCACUUAGACCAGCGCGCUUCUGCGUGCCUGUGGAUACUCUAUUGCUGUACGGUUUAUUCUGAUCUUGUUUAGGUCUAUAUUAUAUACCACUCAAGGCUUGCGGGCGGCAUCCCUUGGCAGCUUAACCUGGAGACCAUAUAGAGCAAGAGGGGAGGAUGAUCCUCUCAAAUUUCAUGCGAAAGAAUGUUAAUCGAAAGACGAAGGUGACAAAAUCUUCUGGCAUACCCCCUCGACCGCACCAGUCACCCACCUCACCUCUACCCGCUUGUCCAGAAGAGAUCUUCGAUAUUCAUGAGAAGUCAAGCAAUUCUCGGAUGUCCGAAGAACUCCCCUCAGACAGAGAUUCAUCUGCCAAUAGAGCUUCUACAUCUACUUCUCGCACUCCAUUGAAUGUCGGAUCUUCUUUGGUCCAAUUGGAUUACAACCCAGAGCCCCUGGACAACUGGUUCCCGCAGGAGCUAUUGAGCGGAAGACGCGGUUCCCAUGAUUCUACAUGGAAUCUUCAUAUGAGUCCACUUCAAGAAUCAGCGAUAGCUGAAGCUGCCGUCCUGAACACCCCGAAGGAGGAUUUAAAUCCGGGUCCUAUAUUUCAAGAGGCCAUUACCGCCAAUAUAUCCCAUUCUCGGCAGCUGUCUGAUCACAUGGCACCUUCUGCUUCGAAGAAGUCAAUCCCUGCUCCCAUCUUCAUACCAGAAGUCGAAGUUUCUCCCACCAAGGCUCCGACUAGGCGGCCAACAGUGAAUGCUGAAUCUUCGGGCAUGAAUCAGCAGCCGUUUCCGACCACCUCCCCUCCGUCCCCCAUGGAUUCGGAAAAUAUGUCCGCUAUAUCCGGCUCAACUCUUGCUCGUGCCCUUAUUAGGAACUCGUUCAUUUUGUCGUCGAGCGAUCGGGGAUCGCGAUACCGCAGCGGUAUGGCACGUCAAGAUUCUGCUACUCUUCCUAGUAGCGACCAUCUGCUUAUGGAGAUCGCACGUGCACGCGACUCCGGUGGUGACUCAAUUGUGCCCCCUGUGCCAUCCCUGCCUUCAGUCUCAGGAGUACUCCUGCUAGAUCAAGCGAGAACAUCUGCCGUCCAAGAUAAAGAACAGAAGUUUCUAGAUGCCAGUGCAUCCACCACGGUGUCCUCAGCCUCUGGAGCUUACUAUGCGUCUCCUGAUAUGAUCAUGCAUUCAGGGCUAUCAAGGCGCAUUUCUCGAAUAUCAGAGGUUCCUUCUCCCGCGCCGACAACGCCAAUGUCGCCGCAGUCAAUUCGCGAUGCCCAGCCAAUGAAGAGUGGUAGCUCUAUAGCUGCUAGCAGUAUGCUUGCAAGGAUGGAUGAGACUGAUUCGGACGCUCCAAACACUGCCUCUCACACACCCGCAACGACUUCAUCGUACCGAUCAUUUCAUCAAACGGAAACAGGCGUGUCAAGCACUUCGGGCCAAGCAUCUGAAUUUAUCUCUCCUAGUCCAACGGAUGGUUUGGAUGGAUAUUCCUUUGUUGCUCCUGAGCCUUUACAGUCUGCUGCAUCCAUUAGUUCUGAUGAUAGCGCAUACCUGCAGACGAAAUCCAGCGAUGUCAGCCUGAAGAAGCGCAGGGCAAGAGCGCUGGGAGCAACGCCAUCGUUGAGGGGUGGGAGAAGUUUCAAGGCAUCGGAUGUAUCGUCGAAUAGCAUUUUUCAACGCAAUAAAAAGCAUAUCAGACUUCCCAUCGGCGAGCGCCCUCGUUCAAUCCUUGUCCCACAAACACCAAUUACUCCUGCAUUGAUUGCCUCUUCUACCGUGCAAUAUCCCUCCGCGCUAUCCCAGUUUCCUCUGAGUCGGAUAUUCUUAACACCAGCCCGCUUUCCGCAACGGGGAAUCUUUGCACAACGUCAACAUGCGGAACGUGCCCUUGGCAUUCCUGAACGUAUCACUGUCAGCCAGGAGUAUGACCUCCUGGAUUACGCUAUCAAUGUGAGCCCCAAGUCGCAGAGUUCACCGACUUGACCCCCCCUCGAGCUCUUCCACUGGAGAACAGACCUUCCCAGAGACUCCAAAUAUCUUCACUCCAUUAUUCUCCCCCAACUUUCCC